AGAUUUUUGACCCGCCAGAGGAGCUGGAGAGGAAAGUGCGUGCGUUAGCAGACUUGAUAAGGGGUUCUUCCAAUGUAGUGUUUCACACCGGAGCUGGGAUCAGUACGGCUUCCGGAAUCCCUGACUUCAGAAGCAGUGGGGCCAUUGGGCGAUGGAGGUGCUAAAGGAGCACUCAAGGAAGACAAGGGGGCCCAAUGGCGUAUGGACUAUGGAGGAGAGGGGAUUGUCCCCCAAGUUUGACACUACCUUUGAGAACGCGAGGCCUUCCAAGACCCACAUGGCGCUGCUGGAGCUGCAGAGAGUCGGCAUCUUGAAGUUCCUGGUCAGCCAAAACGUGGAUGGCCUGCAUGUGCGUUCUGGAUUCCCACGGGACAAGCUGUCCGAGCUGCACGGGAACAUGUUUGUGGAGGAAUGUGUGAAAUGCGGCAAGCAGUACGUGCGGGACGUUGUCGUGGGCAGCAUGGGCCUCAAGCCGACAGGCAGGCUGUGCGAUGUCUCCAAAGCAAGAGGGCUUCGUGCCUGCCGAGGAAAGUUAAUAGACACCAUUUUAGACUGGGAAGAUUCUCUGCCUGAUCGGGACCUCAGCCUAGCAGACGACGCCUGCAGGAAAGCUGACCUGUCAGUCACUCUGGGGACCUCUCUUCAGAUCAAACCCAGUGGCAAUCUCCCCCUGCUCACUAAAAGGAAAGGAGGGAAGCUGGUCAUAGUAAAUCUGCAAGCAACGAAGCACGACCGGCAAGCCGACCUGCGCAUCCACGGCUACGUGGAUGAAGUCAUGACAAAGCUGAUGAAGCAGCUUGGUCUGGAGAUCCCCGAGUGGACGGGGCCGGCGGUGGUGGAGAGUUCUGAGCUUGUGAAGCCCGAACCAGCCCUAAAACUCGACCCGGACGCUCAGCGCCCAGCCAAGGAAGAACCCUGCUCCCACCACAAUGGCACGGCAGAGGGGGCUGACGGGACAUGCCCGGGGCUCGGCACGGCACGCGAGGAGCACUGUGACGGUCUGAAGCAGGAAUGUCCUGGCUCAGGCCACAGUCCCGUAGCAGCCAAGAGAGUAAGAGUGGAGUCGCUGCUCACCUGACUUACACAUGUCUUUGCUGUUGGUCGUUCGUCUUAGCAGCUAGCCUGGGCCGCGUUUCCUACUGUCCUUUUUAUACCUUGAAAUAUCACCCCCCCCCCCUUUUGUAAGUAUUAAAUAUACUUCAAUGGUGA